CUUGAGAUGUCGUCUGGUGCCUAAUUGGCCAAGUCCCUCCUCUCGGCAAUAAAGGCAAAACAUCGGGGAGUCCUGUGGCUAUGGGCUAUAUCACCUGCUUAGGAGGCCAGCAAGCCUCUCCCAGCUAGCUCUAGAGGUGGCUGUGAAAGUCUGUGCAGGAAGUCUGAGCUAAAAUAGGUGGAGAGAUGGGAUUAUAAUUGCCAUGGUGAGUCUGAGUUCCUGCUGCCUGCUCUGGGUGUGGAGAGAUUUUUUUGGUGUUGGUGCGGCUGUACCUGGCCUGGGAAGGAGAAUCCUGUCUUCGAAGCGUGUUGCCAGGAGUGCUGAUGUGCCAGAGCCGCGGCCAUGCUGCAGCAGAUCCUGGCAGACAUGUACAUCGAUCCUGAGCUGCUGGCAGAGCUCAGUGAGGAGCAGAAACAGAUCCUCUUCCUCAAGAUGAGGCAGGAGCAGGUCAGACGGUGGAAGGAGACAGAAGCUGCCGCAGACAAGAACUCAGCGAAGAAAGUGACCCAGAGGAAAGCACAUGGGAAGUCGGUGAAGUGGAAGCUCGGCACGGACAGCGAAGUCUGGGUCUGGGUCAUGGGCGAGCACACGUUGGAUAAGCCUUACGAUGUGAUCUGUGAGGAAAUCCAGGCACUGAGGGCUCAGCAGGAAGCAGGGGAAGCCAGGUAA